UCAAAGUCAAUAUUUAAUCUGUAUAAUUUAAAAACAGAAAAAUGGGCGCAGCUUUCUUUCCCGUGCUGUUCUUCACCGCCUUGUGGGGUGGCGUUGGCAUCGCCAUGCCCAUUAUGACCCCCAAAGGACCUCAUCAGAACCUCAUAAGAUGCAUCCUGAUGUUAACCGCCGCUUGCUGCUGGCUCUUUUGGCUGUGCUGCUACAUGGCCCAAAUGAAUCCUCUAAUUGGGCCCAAACUGAAGCGCGAUGUGGUGGCUAUGAUUGGAAAAUCCUGGAACAUGCCAAUUGUGGAUGGUUAAGGGAUUCGAUUCUGGAAAAUAUAAAGUAUACCAGCAUAAUCACCGCUUUACUGUUUAUAUUGUGUUGUAAAUAAAAAGUGAAAAUAUCCAUUGUUCUGUUAAAU